AAUGACUGACUGCUAACCACAGACAAGAGUAUUGUAAUCUGGCAAAUUCUUUUUUGUUUGUAGGUUAUGUUUUAGUGUUAAAUUGUCAAAAUUUAUGUUGAAUAUUUUCCUGGAAUUUGUUCAUUGUUCCAAAAUGGAGUGGACGUAAAGAAUUGUUUAGUGAAUGUUUUACAUAACUGUCGAUUAACAGACCGAUAUUUCCUGCUAGUGGCUGUGUAAUCUCGAGUGUCACUUGACAUUGGAUUGAAAUGUGAAUACGCACUUCUCGUUUCUCAAGCUAUCCAUUUUCGCAAAGUUCUGACUGGUAAAACAAGUGAUUUCGGGACUCCUGUAUUAUAGUAUUGGUUUAAGAUAUACCAAGUAACAACUACGAUGACGAGUCAACUGUCGGUUUUGAAGUUAUACAACACAGUUGUGGACGAUGUGAUAUCCGGAGUUCGCGAUUGUUUCUUAGAUGACGGCGUAGACGAACAGGUGCUACAAGAAUUGAAACAAUUAUGGAAAACCAAAUUACAAGCGAGUGGUGCAAUGGACCCACCCCAACCUGAGCCUACAAUGCCGCCGCCGCCAGUGUUACAAAAUUUCCAGAAAGCCAAUGGUAACAAUGUGCUUCCUAAAAGAACUAUUGAUUCUCACAUGGCUCAGGGUUCGAGCCAACAAAAUCCAAGCUUAGACCAUGGAGCUCCUGCGUCUAAUAUAGCUGGCACACAUCCUCAUCAUGUCCUUGAUCCUAACAAUAAAGUGCCAGUCCAACUCACUCUGCCAGCUCAACCUGGUGUGCCGGGUUCACAACCACGCUCUUUUACAAUUCAAAUACCAGCAUCAGCACUCAAUGGCAAUAAGCUACAUCAAGUUUUGACAGGCCCAAUCAUAAAUGCCACAAUAAGUUUACCACAACCAUUAGCUGCUACACUUUUACAGCAACAUAUCAACUCUGCAUUAGCGGGUCAACAGAAUGAGUUUGAUGGAGGAGGUGGUCGCAGUGGUGCAGCACCAUUCUCUUUAGAUGGUGCCCUUGACUCUUCUGAUGAUGAAGGGUCCAAUGUUGGAGAUGGUUCAGAAGAUGGAGCUGGUGAUGAUGAUGAAGACGAAGAGUCUGCUGAGGAGCGUGCUGAAGAAGAGGAAGAAGAGCGUGAUGAGAGUGGAGGGGCAGAGGAAGAGCCUCUGAACUCUGGUGAUGAUGUCUCAGAUGAGGAACCUGGUGACAUGUUUGAUACUGACAAUGUAGUUGUUUGCCAAUAUGACAAGAUAACUCGCAGUCGUAAUAAAUGGAAAUUUUACUUAAAAGAUGGCAUUAUGAAUUUAGCUGGAAAAGAUUACGUGUUUCAGAAAGCAAAUGGUGAUGCAGAGUGGUGAAACUAUGUUAUUGUAAAGGAGCUGUGUCUAUUUUUUUAUUGAUGGUGUAACUUGUUGUGUCGACUGUUAGUGUAUAAUUGAAUGAGACCCAGACUUGAGACAUGGUAUCAUGUCUACAUUAUGAAACAUGUUGACUUUGACUUGUUUCCAUAGAUUUGAAUGCUUGACAUAAUAUUUACAUUAAUUUUGAUAUGGUCAUUAGCAUAUAACCAAGGGC